GCAUCGUGUAUGGGGACUGCUGAUGUUUAGCGAAGGGGGGAGAGUCGGUGAGGAGACGUGCGCAGAGGCCAUGUGGCAUUCAUGCUCCCAUCUACUUGUCAAGAGCGAAGGACUCCAGGUGGCCUCAUGACAAUUGCCACGCGUGUGCAGCGGUGUCAUCCCUCGAACAAUCGAUCGACGAACAAAUCGGUCCUCGAUUGCGAACACAGAGGCAAAGAGACGAGAUGCGUUCAGUUCAGAACCGAUCAUUUUACACAAUACUCAUUCAAUCUGCAGAGAAGAGCUAGAGCUGAGACGAUUUGCUGCAUACCCGCGAGUCUAGACUGUCAAAUUUGAUUUUGAGGCGGUGAGAAGAUGGUAGGAGCUGAAGGAUGGAAGACGAAUGCGGACACCACGAAGAUGAGCCCUGAGGAGGUGUCGAAGCUGAAUCUGCACAGCUCGAAGCGGCCGCCGGGCCAGAGCCCCGGAGGAGUGCUGCACCAGCAGGGAGGUGCAGGCCUUUCUCGUGCGGGGAGUUACCCCGUGGCUUUGGCAGGAGUGUUGGUACUAGCGGGAGUCGGGACUUGGGCCUACUAUCGACAGUCGCAUCCGGCUCCCAUGGGGCAAGCAGGCCAGCACAGUCCCAAUGUCCAGAAGGAAGCUGCAGAGAAGACCAAGCAGCAGUCCGCUACACACUGAUCUGACGAGAAUUCGGUUCGCCAAGGCCACCGAAGUGGAUGGGAAUGAAUGUCACGGUGCAACUGGCACAGGAAUCUCUUCCAUGUUCUCGUGGAGAUGGAAAUCAAGAGGGCUCAUUUUCCAAUGGAAUCCAGCCCCAUCUAGAAAUCUCUGGAGUUCGAAUCGUAGAGGAUGGAUGCACUCCAUGUACGGCGAAACAGAAGCUUUGUCCUAUAUCGCAAUGAUGAAUGACUGCUGGAAAGAUGAAGGCGAGCUGCAGCUCGCUGGAUGCAUGCGUAGAUCGGGGCCUGCACUGAUUGAACAGAUUGUUUGCUUCUUCAGCUGGUACUUGGCGGCAUCUAUCAUGUAGAUUGUGGUUGGUGCUGAUGGGGCAAUCCCCGUAUACUGCAGACUGUAGCCUAGAGAAUUGUACAGAAGAUUGAAUAAUUUCACAUGACAGUAGCUAUUGUCGGCGUUAAAAGUCACAGCUUGGAAUGGCAUGGAAUUUUUCAU